CGCGUUUCUUUGCGUCCAAAGCGAGGGAAAGGCUAUCGAGAAGAGAAGGCUUUCCUCUGAAGGCCUUUUUAGGCGUGGAUUUGCAUACGAUUUGCAUUUCAAGGAUUGGCCGCCAAUUAAGCCCACAGCGCGCGUCCCGAAGGUCGCGUCGUUCGCUAUAUAAGCGCGUCGUCGUCGCUGUCGUCCCAAAGACGACAAAAUGCGACUUUUGACUUUCCUUUCGUUCUCCGCGUUCUUCGCGCUCUCUUUGGCCACUCUUUACGGCCAUUACGGGGGCGGCGGUUACCACGGUUACAGUGGCUACGGGUACGCCCCCAAAUACGGCGGUUACCAUGGCUACGGAGGCUAUGGCUUGGGUUUGGGGCCGACAAUAGUGCGUCGCGCGUACAUUCCUUCCGCCACUUACGUCUCUUACGCCCCCAAACUGUACGGCGGUUACCAUGGAUACGGCGGUUACGGAUACGCCCCCAAGUAUUACGGCGGCUAUGGCUACGGGUCUAGCAUUUACGGCGGACACGGCGGCUAUGGCUAC